CCGGCAUUUCAGUACCGCUGCCGAUUGGUUUUCAGGCGGCAGUAAAAGCACAGUGUAAAAUAUUUAUCUUUUAUUUUUUUAUUUAUAUAGUUUGUUUACAAAAUGCCUGGAUAUUCCGAUAGAGACCGUGGCAGAGAUAGAGACCGCGGUUAUGGCGGUGGACCCCCUCGCUUUGGUGGCAACCGAGGUGGAGGUGGAGGGAAGUUCGGAAAUCCCGGCGAUCGACUGCGGAAGAAGCAGUGGAACCUGGACGAGCUCCCGAAGUUUGAGAAAAACUUCUAUCAGCAGCAUUCUGACGUUGCCCGGAAGGCUCCGCAAGAAGUUGAACAAUACAGGAGGUCCAAAACCAUUACAGUCAAGGGGAGGGAAUGCCCAAAUCCCAUUACAAAGUUCCAUGAGGCCAACUUUCCUUCCUAUGUGAUGGAUGUGAUCAACAAACAGAACUGGACUGAACCAACACCCAUCCAGGCUCAGGGCUGGCCUCUGGCUCUCAGUGGCAAGGAUAUGGUUGGCAUCGCCCAGACUGGCUCCGGCAAAACGCUUUCUUAUCUGUUGCCUGCAAUUGUGCACAUCAACCACCAACCUUUCCUGGAACGUGGAGAUGGUCCCAUUUGCUUGGUUCUAGCACCGACCCGUGAGCUGGCUCAGCAGGUGCAACAGGUGGCUGCAGAAUAUGGCAGAGCUUCUCGCCUUAAGUCCACUUGUAUCUAUGGAGGAGCACCCCCCCAAAUAACAAACUUGUCCUUUAAAGGUGUGGAGAUCUGCAUUGCCACUCCAGGAAGGCUCAUCGACUUCCUUGAGUCAGGCAAGACGAACCUCCGUCGUUGCACUUACCUUGUCCUGGAUGAGGCUGACAGAAUGCUGGACAUGGGCUUUGAGCCGCAGAUCCGGAAAAUUGUCGACCAGAUUAGACCUGACCGUCAGACUUUGAUGUGGAGUGCCACUUGGCCUAAGGAGGUUCGCCAGCUGGCAGAGGACUUCCUGAAGGAUUACGUGCAGAUUAAUAUUGGGGCACUUCAGCUCAGUGCCAACCACAACAUCCUGCAAAUAGUGGAUGUCUGCAGUGAUGGGGAGAAGGAGAACAAACUCAUCCGUCUGCUUGAGGAAAUCAUGAGUGAGAAAGAGAACAAGACCAUCAUCUUUGUAGAGACAAAGAGGCGAUGUGAUGACCUCACCCGGAGGAUGAGGAGGGAUGGGUGGCCAGCGAUGGGAAUCCAUGGAGACAAGAGCCAGCAGGAAAGAGACUGGGUUCUCAAUGAGUUUAAAUUUGGAAAGGCUCCAAUUCUCAUUGCUACAGAUGUUGCCUCCAGGGGUCUAGAUGUUGAAGACGUGAAAUUUGUCAUCAACUUUGACUACCCCAACAACUCAGAGGACUAUAUCCACCGCAUUGGCCGAACAGCUCGUAGCCAAAAGACAGGCACGGCGUACACCUUCUUCACCCCGAACAACAUGAGGCAGGCCAGCGACCUCGUCUCUGUGCUGCGGGAGGCCAACCAGGCCAUCAAUCCCAAGCUCCUCCAGAUGGCAGAAGACAGAGGAGGUCGUUCAAGGGGAGGCAGAGGUGGUGACUACAGAGAUGACCGCCGGGAUAGGUAUUCCUCUGGCAGGCGCGACUUUGGCAGUUUUAGGGACAGGGACGGUGGACAAAAUAAAGCCUUUGGCACAAAUACACAGAACGGAGGCUAUGGGGGCAACAACAGUAGCAACGGCUACAGCGGAGGCAGCUACAACGGUAACGGACAGUCUAACUUUAACAACCAAACAGGAGCCUUUGGGGGUCAGAACAACUUCCAGGCCCAGCAGUUUGGCCCCAGUAAGGGCGCCGCUCAGAACGGCACCAGCCACCCACCUUUCCCUUUCCCCCAGGCGCAGGCUCCGCAGCAGCACCCUCCCCCUCUGGUGCCCUACUCCAUGCCCCCUCAGUUCUCUCAAUAAAUUCCCAAAACUUGAAAAAAGUAACUUAUUGCUUUUUGUCUUUAAGUUCUAUACUUGAUCCAGAGUUUUUGUAUUUACACAACAGGGUCACAACCAACGCCAACCUCCGUCAGACCUUUUUCAGAUCUGUGGUGCAGCAGUAGUGACAUUGCACACUUUUCCUUUUUCUAUUUAAUUUGUUACAUUCCACAGUAAUGUUUAGUUAACCUUCUGUAUUAGGUAAUGAUGAUGUAUUCAUGUGUAUCAUUGAUAGUGAGAAGCUCCUUCCAUGGAUGUGCACUGCAUGAUCUUUCAAAUAAAACAAAAGCUGAAUUGA